UUCGACUGUCAGUUUCACGCUCGCCUGCGAUGUUUAUUAAUUGAAAUUCAACUUUUGAGUGCUCAAAUGCCCAACCAAAUUUGUAAAAGCUGGACGUGCUUCUCCGGCGCAUCCGCCUCCUGGAAACUCCUGCAUUUUGUGUCCUGCUGCACGGUCGACGGAAAUUCACAGAACAUUGCAUAAGAAAUCUCAUUCGCCCAGCGUAACUGAGACUUCUAGGGCCACCAAGUUGGACUUCGACUUUGUAAUUAUUCGCGGCUUUCACGGCAAUUAACCUUCCAAUCGCCGUAUACUUGCCACAUUUCGCCAAUUAAGCCAUUGAUUUUUAAUAACAAAUCAAAGCGAAAUUAAACGCUUUUACCUGCGCAUCCCAUCGUACAGGCACAGUGGCCUGGAUCGAGAAAUCUAAUCGCCGCAGGGAUCAUAAAUUAAUUCGAAGAGUAGACUUCGAGUUCAAAUAUGAGCAAGUUCCACAAAAACCGAGGAGCUGGUGGCCCCAUGACUCCGGCGGGGCCAGUCUACGGCGUGAUCUCGACGUUGGACGACGCCGCUCAGAAUACCGCUGGUUUCGCCAGAUUCCCUUCGCUUGAGGCCAAAAAAAGUGAGUUGAGAUUGUUUCUAAACUGGGGAAACCCCAAAAAGAAUAGGGAGAUGGGUUCAGAGAAGCUGCGCAAUCGCAGCUGGAUCGUCGAUGUCCUAGCCAUUUUCUUUGGCAUCGGCACGUGGCUAGGGGUCAAUGGCACCUUCAUCCAACUGCCAUUGCUGGUGGACGAGGCCCCGGAGGGCUGGAGUCUGCCCUCCUACCUCAGCGUGAUGGUGCAGAUUGGCAAUCUGGGCCCCCUGUUGUACACUGCCAUUCAGAAGUAUUCCCCCAAGAAGCUGAACGACGGAUGGACCAUCCACGGAGUGCUACUGGUAGGUGCCAUCUCUUGCUUGCUGACGGCUUUCUUCUACAACCGAACGGCUCCAGUGGCCGGCACGGAUCAUAGUUUGGCCCUUUUUGUGCUAACCUGCUUCACUGCGCUGAAUGCCUGCACCAGCUCAGUGCUUUUUAUGCCCUAUAUGGGGCGCUUUAAGGAGCAGUACAUGGUCACUUACUUCAUUGGCGAGGGACUGAGUGGUCUGCUGCCCAGCGUGACGGCUUUGAUCCAGGGCAUCGGCGAAAGCGGCGACUGUGUCCUGGUCAAUGUGACGGAAACAGGACAGGAGAUCUACGAACUGCAGAAGACACCACCUCGAUUCGACACCCGCGUCUUCUACCUCAUCCUCUUCGCCCUGAUGGUGUUCGCCUAUGUGGGCUAUACGCUCCUGAACUCCCUGCCCGUGGCCAGGAGGGAAUACGCCCAGGUUACAGUCAGCGAGGGAAACAAGUACGUGUACGGAGAGGCCGAUAACCACGAAAUAAAGACGGAAAAACUCAGCAAGGGCCAGUACACCUACCUGCUGCUGCUGAUUGGAGUCAUCUCCCUGUUCAGCAACGGAAUGUUCGGCAGCAUUCAGUCCUACUCCAGUGCCCCCUACGGAUCGCAGGCAUAUCACUUAUCUGCCACGCUCAGUGUGAUUGCCAAUCCAAUGGCCUGCUUUUUGGCCAUGUUUCUGCAUUUCACAUCCCUGCGGAUCAUUACCGUGCUCUCCAUCCUGGCGGGUGUUCUGACCAGCUACGUUUUCACCACGGCUGCCCUGAGCCCUCUGCCGCCACUUCACGACAAGACCAUGGGAGCCGUGCUGGUGGUGACUGCUUGGACCUUGCUGGUGGGGAUCGUGAGCUACACCAAGCUGGGAAUCACCACCGUGAUGCGAGCACAGGGUGGCCAGUCGCUGGUCUGGGUGGGGGCCAUCACGCAGCUGGGUUCUGCCAUCGGAGCGGUAGCCAUCUUCUUCGCCAUCAACUACUCGGAUCUUUUCAAGGCCGCAGAGACGGGCUGCUGACAGAGCCAGCAUAUCCAGGGAUGCAUCGUGAUUUUAUAGAUGAUUUUACUAUAGUUUAGUGUGAUAUUUUCAAAUUUGUAUUUCCCCCUUAAUGGCCACAAUGAAGAUAGUACCUUGUUACCUGAA